GCCAGUGCUGAGGGGGCGCGGCGCGGAGGGGCGCGGAGCCGGCUGGCUCAGGGGCCCAGAGUGCGCGGCGGCCGAGAGCCUGCCGGCCCCUGACAGCCCCCUCCCCCCGGUGGAAGACCAGGACGAGGACUACGAGGGCGCAAGUCAUGGCGGAGCAGCGAAGCCAGCGAGGGCCCUGAGCAUCGCCGCAUGGAGCGGGACGAACGGCCACCUAGCGGAGGGGGAAGCGGCGGGGGCUCGGCGGGGUUUCUGGAGCCGCCCGCCGCGCUCCCUCCGCCGCCGCGCAACGGUUUUUGUCAGGAUGAAUUGGCAGAGCUUGAUCCAGGCACUAAUGGGGAGACUGACAGUUUAACACUCAGCCAAGGCCAUAUACCAGUUUCUGUUCCAGAUGACCGAGCUGAACAACGAACAUGUCUGAUCUGUGGGGACCGCGCUACAGGCUUGCACUAUGGCAUCAUCUCCUGCGAGGGCUGCAAGGGCUUCUUCAAGAGAAGCAUUUGCAACAAACGAGUGUAUCGAUGCAGUCGCGACAAGAACUGUGUCAUGUCCCGGAAGCAGAGAAACAGAUGCCAGUACUGCCGCCUGCUCAAGUGUCUCCAGAUGGGCAUGAACAGGAAGGCUAUUAGAGAAGAUGGCAUGCCCGGAGGCCGGAACAAGAGCAUUGGCCCAGUCCAGAUAUCAGAAGAAGAAAUUGAAAGAAUCAUGUCUGGCCAGGAGUUUGAGGAAGAAGCCAACCACUGGAGCAACCAUGGUGAUAGUGACCACAGUUCCCCUGGAAACAGGGCUUCAGAGAGCAACCAGCCCUCACCAGGCUCCACACUGUCAUCCAGAUCCGUGGAACUAAAUGGAUUCGUGACGUUCAGGGAUCAGUACAUGGGGAUGUCGGUGCCUCCACAUUAUCAAUACAUACCACACCUUUUUAGCUAUUCUGGCCACUCACCACUUUUGCCCCCACAAGCUCGAAGCCUGGACCCUCAGUCCUACAGUCUGAUUCACCAGCUGAUGUCAGCCGAAGAUCUGGAGCCGCUGGGCACACCUAUGUUAAUUGAAGAUGGGUAUGCUGUGACCCAGGCAGAACUGUUUGCUCUGCUUUGCCGCCUGGCGGACGAGCUGCUCUUCAGGCAGAUCGCCUGGAUCAAGAAGCUGCCCUUCUUCUGCGAGCUCUCCAUCAAGGAUUACACGUGCCUCUUGAGCUCCACGUGGCAGGAGUUAAUCCUGCUCUCGUCCCUCACGGUUUACAGCAAGCAGAUCUUUGGGGAGCUGGCUGAUGUCACUGCCAAGUACUCACCCUCUGAUGAAGAACUACACAGAUUUAGUGAUGAAGGGAUGGAGGUGAUUGAGCGACUCAUCUACCUAUACCACAAGUUCCAUCAGCUGAAGGUCAGCAACGAGGAGUAUGCGUGCAUGAAAGCCAUUAACUUCCUGAAUCAAGAUAUCAGGGGUCUGACCAGUGCCUCGCAGCUGGAACAACUGAACAAGCGGUAUUGGUACAUUUGUCAGGAUUUCACUGAAUAUAAGUAUACACAUCAGCCAAACCGCUUUCCUGAUCUGAUGAUGUGCUUGCCAGAGAUCCGCUACAUCGCAGGCAAGAUGGUGAAUGUGCCCCUGGAGCAGCUGCCCCUCCUCUUUAAGGUGGUGCUGCACUCCUGCAAGACAAGCACGGUGAAGGAGUGACGUGUGCCCGCCCCUCCUCGGCCGCUCAGCGCCCUGGAGAGGCAGCACAGGCUCCAGAGGAAAGAGCCAGAGACCAAGAUGGAGACUGUGGAGCAGCUGCCUCCAUCCGAGAAGAGUUUGUUUGUUUGUCUGUUUUAACCUCAGUUUUCUAUAUAUUUAUUUCACGACAGAGUUGAAUGUAUGGCCUUCAACAUGAUGCACAUGCUUUUGUGUGAAUGCAGCAGAUGCAUUUCCAUGCAGUUUACAGAAUGUGAAGAUGUUUAAUGUUACCGUGUUGUCAUUGUUUAGAGAUAGGUUGUUUUGUAUUUUGAGGGAGAGGGUAGGAUGGACUAGAUGAGUAUUUCCAUAACCUUGACAAAGACAACUACCUCAAUGGAAACAGGUGUAUGACCAUCCCUACCUUUUCCACAUUUUCUCUGCAGAUACACACUUGUCUGUAGAGAGCAAACUGCCUUUUAUAGCCACAGACUUGUAAGUAAGAGAACACCAAAGGAGCUAAGCGGUACAGGGAGAUUCAGUAAUGGUGGGGGG